AGUCCGAGAUAAAGCAAAUUUGAUAAGUGAUUAAAGAAUUUGUUUUUCGUUUUUAUUAAAAAUUUUUUUUUACGGUUUGGAACGGUAACCCGUCACGAUGAGGAAAAACAAAAUAGCCAAAAUUUCCUUUUUUUUUUUCUUUUUUAUUUUUUUUGCUUUCUGUUUAAUUUUUUAAUUUUUCCGUGGUAAUUUUCUCCUUCUCUUAUUUCUGCACAAAGCCGGACAAACGCACCCAACCGCAUGAUUUCCUUUGUCUUUCUUCCUUCUCACAAGCACAACAUUCACCAUUUUUUUUUUCUUUUCUAUAAAACAUCAUUCUAAUAAAUUUCUCUAAGAUUUUCAUCAAAAGCAAAAUCGAGAAUCGUGAUUAAAAGGUUUUUAAAACUGAUACAAGAGUUCAUAUUCAUAUUUUUCAAUGGGAAUGCUUUGACAUAUGAAAUUGUUUCCAAGUAAGUCAUUGGGUAUAUUUUUCUAAUCUCCUGCAUUGUGUUCAUUGCAAAAGAUAAAGGAACAGAAUUGGGCUUUGUGGUAUAUUAUAUCCUAUCCCGUGGGUUACUAAUUGCUUUCCUAUUUUUAUUCCUGUGUUUGCCCUCAAAUAUCACAAGUUCCCUUGCAUGACUUCUGUGACAAGCUUCACAUUUCAUUUUUUUCUUGUCCAGCACAUUGAUGUUGUCAGUCUUGGUUUGGAGAUUUAAUUUCUGGAAGGAAAUAGAAACCGAUAAUCAUAAACUGCUCCCUCUCUGUUAUAACAUGAGAAAUUAACUUUUAUUCUUUGUUCUGGUUCAGAUGCCAGUUCAUGGCUGAAUUACUUGUUUCUAGCAUGUCCAAUAAGUGCUUUUAGGUCGAGAUGUUAUAAUAAAUAGAAUUGGACCUAGUUUUCUCUUGAUUGACUUAGCACCAACUAGGUUUAGAUUAUUUUCAUUAUGCAGGGUUAGGGACUCGGUGUUUCGUUCUUGACCCACAUCUUGAGUUUGCCCUUGAGCAUAUUAGUAUGCCAGUUUUGGAAGAACAGCCCAUCUACAUUUGAAGGAAAGCUUUGGUAGAUUGGGAAGCUGAAGGAAAGAUUUCUGUGUCUUCUUAUUAGGAUCAUGUGCACUCAUUUUGGAGUGUUAUAAGUCAGCCUUCAUACACGAACAGCAAAUAAAUGGUAUUAGACCUACUACAAUUUGCAGAAUUCUUAGACCUUGUUCUGUUGGAAUACACUUUGACAUCAGGGUCUUUCUGCUCUAUAGACUGGAGAUUGCAUUGAAAAUGAUUAAAAGAAAAAAAACCUAAUGAAUAUAGUUAUGCCAUGAUCCUAAAUCCAUCACAUUUGACUUUCUGUGUUAGAAUGCUAGAUGCUUGGUGUAGAGUGUUACAGGAGGUUUAGGGAUUGAGAUUAAGGAGCUGAGAAUAGUAUCUUGUGGUGUGCAGUUCUAAGAAGAUGUAAUGACCUAAGAACCUAAGAACCCCGAUGACAUCUCCAUGGCCUUUAUAGGAUCUGCCAAAAGGUUGAUUUAUGGUGUAGGGCAUAUGAUGGCUUUGCUGAACGUUGAGCUUAGUAUUGUCUGCUGGGCAACCAUUGAAAUGUGCUAUUUAUGGGACUUGGUUGGUGUUCUAUGCGAUGUCAUGUGGCGUCUUAUGUUGAAAAAUUGGAUACUUGGAUGAUGACCAUAGGCAAGUAGUUGGGACUGUCUUUUGUUGCUUAUUGGUGCAUGUAGUUAAAACCUAAGGGGUUUGAAAAAAUUUAGAUGUUGAAAUCAUGCUUUUGGGGCUAGAUGCCUGUGAGGAGGGACAAUUAUGCUGACAGUAAUGGGAUUCCGGUGAUUAUAUAAAGGCCUGAGGGCUUCAGUUUCACAUAUUUUUAUUGAGGUGGAGGGUUGAGUUGUACUUGGAUGUAGUUACUUAUUUAAGCCAAUAGUUAUGAUUGUUACUGUCAAGAUGCAAGGCAGUUCUCUUGAUUGGAGAGCUGAAUGCUUAUUAAGUUUUGGUUAAACCAAUUGUGUGGCUGAUAUGGUCUUCCUGCUUCUCAAUAUCAAAGGGAAAUCUCUGGAGUUGGGUUUUGUGAGAUUUUCGUGAUUGAUUGUUAGGCUUGCUUCUUACUUUCCUCUUUCUGAGGAGUGUUUUAUUCACAUGUUCUGGAAGCUUCUGUAUUUCUAGUGUAAUAUCUUCCCCUUGAUUUGUAUUACCAAAGUUUCAUGGUGAACUAUUCCAUGAUUGAGAAACAUGCCCUUAAAUUGAUGGCAGAUUUCUUGUAAGUAACUAAACUUGUGGCCAAUUGAGGCUUGCAACUUUAAUAUAUAUAUUUUUUGUUAGUACUCACCUAAUCCUCUGACCUUGGAAGUUUUCAGAAAUACAUUGUGAGGCACAAUAAUGUUCCUAAGAGAUACAAUUAUGUACUGACUUCAUCUCUCCAAAUGUUACAUGAUAAAAAAAGGUACUGUAGGAAUCAAUCUAGACCUUUCAUAUUGAGGCCAUAUAUGCUUUCAGUGGACGGGAUCUUACAUUAGUGAUGGUGACUGUCACCUUUAUAAUUAUAUCGUUUCUUAUUAUUUCCAUUUUUCUUUUGGUGAUCUUUUUAUGUACAAUAUAAUUUAUUGGUUUUAGAUGAUACUUUUAGUUUCUGUUGGAAAAUGUUUCUCUUUCAAUGAUUGUUUUGGGGUGAAAAUAACAGUAAUCAUAGCAAGACUAUAUGUAUUUGCCCACAAUUACAGAUGUGGAAAUUUAUGUCUCCGCUUCGUGUAUAUGAACAUAUGGUCUAAUUAGCUAACUUUUCUCUUGUUUAGGAAACAAUACAUACAUCCAUGUGACAUUUGACUUUAGUUCCUUAUGAAGAUGAAUGAUUUCAAAGUUGUAGCUUCACUCCUAUUUCUCCUUGUCAAUUUCUUUGAGGAUGAGGAUGAGGAUGAUUGUUUUUGCUAAAUAUUACUGUUCCAUGUUUAUCAACUUUUUUUCCCUUAAAAGUUUGCAGCGUACUUUAAAUUUAAAUCUUCAUUUCUUUGGCCAGGGGUCUAUCUCAUCCCUUUUGUAUUCUUCUAACUUAUCUUCAUCAUAGAUAGGUAUCAGUUCCCCCCUUACAGAGUGGAAGUUCAAUGUCAUGGAGGUUACUUCUUACAAAUUGAUUUCUUUUCUUUUAACGAACCCAAAAGAGGAAAGAAGGAAGUGAUUCAUUUAAUUUUAUCUUGGUUUAAUAAUUAAUUUCAUGACUGGAGUGAAAGGUCUUACUCUUCUGCUCUUACUGUGGCUUUGUGAACUUUGUGGCCAUGCUUGGUUAGGUGAUGACUGUUUCAUCCCUUACAAUCUGCUGUAAGUUAUAAAUCAAUUCCAGGUGAUGUCCUGAUGAGUAAAUCCUCUACAAGUGUGAAUCUGAGAUUAUGAAGGAUGCUCUCUCCAAUUUCAUGGAGAGGAGCAAUAUAUAACCAGAUAAAUGCAAGAGCCGGGACUAUGGCUAGCACGUCAAUUUAUAAGAAGAACAUAGUCGUGCAACUGGGUAUUUAGGGUUGACUCUUCUUCUGGAAUAUAACUUAUCUUUAGCUUUUAAGUGACUUGUUUAUGGGGCAUAGACAUUUAUUUGGCACAUCCCAAAUGUUUGGGAGUGAACAGGAGCAGGGCUGGAAUCAUAUGCACACGGAACAACCUUAUGCAAAUCUAGUGAGGGCAAGCACUACAGAACAUGGUUCCUUCUUCUGUCCUGUGGAAAAUAUGUCUGUUGAUGCGGUGCAAUUUUCUUCUCAUUGGAAUCCUGUGCCUAGGUCAAGUGGUUAUGCUACCUCAAGCCACAACGUUGAAGCUCCACAUUAUCAACCUGACACUUCAGGCCCAUCUCAUGAUCUUUUUUUGCAUACAUCACCGCCUGGAGCAUUUGGUGCAGGCCCUGAGAACUACAUGCAUCAUGCAUCUUCGUCCAAUUAUGAUAGGCAGACUUUCCAUGGAAUUGAGGGUGGUUUUGUUGAUCUAACAAUGGGCAGUGGAAGAGGACCUCACAAGCGAAAAAGCCCUGGAGUCUCUCCAGUCUUUGAGAGGGGUGGUUCAAGCAGAUAUGUUGGUGCUGGAAGUUCAUCUGAUCUUCCUCUAUCAUCUGAAUUUUGGCAAGAGAAACCCAAUGAAGAUGCUCAACACAUGCAUUGGGAUCAUGUUGCCCCGCCUCCCAGUUACAGAGGCAAUGGCCUCUCAAUUAGGGGUGAGGGUUCUAUGAGGAACGUGAGAAGAAGACCAGCACUUGAUCUUGAGUCCAACCUAGUUAGGACCCAUUUAUCAAGCGAUCCUUCUCACACUUCCUGCACUACAAUCCACCCGGUUGAGCAUUCUAGCUCAGUGGAUCUCUCAGGUCAGAGCUCUAAUGCUUUGUCAAGAGAGUGGGAGUGGGGUCAUUUGAGAAUGUCUCCUAGUCAUGGAAGGAUUCAAGCUGCAGAUUCAAAUGUUUUUAAUCAUGAGACAAGCCACUUUCUGGGUGGUAGCAGUGCUACAAAUGCUUCUGUAGAGGUUGGGCGACUUCAGCAUGAUUUCAUUUCGGGUAGAAAUCCUGUUCUUCCUCAGAGUUUUCAUGGCAACUCUGCACAAUCUCUAAGGGGUGUUCGCACAAAUAAUUCUCAGAGAUCUAGCCCAACUUUCAGGGCUUCUUCCAGCAGUGUGCGCUUAGGACAUGCGGCACCCUCAGAUGAGGGGAUGCAGGUUGUUGCUGAAAGUUAUUCUUCCAGACAUUCUCGGCCGUUGUCAGCUAUAACAUGGCAUAAUAAUGAGCGGAAUGGGAGGUCAAGGAUUUCUAAUGACAGAUACCGAUCUCUAGCCAAUGAUGCAGCUUUCCAUGAUCGAUUUUCAUCUGAGGGUUUUAUGAUUGUGGACCGCUCAGCCUAUUAUGGAUCGAGAAAUAUGUUUGAUCAGCAUAGAGAUAUGAGGUUAGACACAGACAACAUGACUUACGAGGAACUACUUGCACUAGGGGAAAGGAUUGGCAGUGUUAACACUGGCUUGUCAGAAGACUUGAUAUCAAAGUGCUUGACCGAGACAAUUUUCUGUUCUUCAGAUCAAUUCCAGGAUGAGAGCUCUUGUGUGAUCUGCCUGGAAGAAUAUAAGGACAUGGAUGAAGUUGGGGCAUUAAACACUUGUGGUCAUGAUUACCAUGUUCCCUGUAUCAAGAAGUGGUUGUCAAUGAAGAAUACAUGUCCGAUCUGCAAAGCCUCUGCUCUGAAGGAGAAAUAAUGACUUUUUUUUAUUGUGGUUUAUCAUUUUAUCAUUCUUGUAUAUAUAUUUAGAGACUUGCUCAAACUAAAUCACACAGACAUUGUGUGGGAAAUUCUUGUAUAUAAAAUCAUUUAUCAUUCUU